AUGGUCCGGGAGCGUGGCACGGGCUAUUUAAACUGCCCACGGCUGAGGCCUUGCCCCUUUUUCUCACCGCUCGGAGGAGACGAGGAAGCUGUCAGAGUCCGGGAAGAGCGGCUAGCAGAGAAGAAGUCCAAGAAACCUGGCCUGAUUGCCAAGUCUUCCAUCCUCUUGGAUGUCAAGCCAUGGGACGAUGAGACGGACAUGGCCAAGAUGGAGGAAUGUGUCAGAUCUGUUCAGAUGGAUGGUCUGGUUUGGGGAGCCUCCCAACUGGUCCCAGUGGGUUAUGGCAUCAAUAAACUCCAGAUCCAGUGUGUGGUGGAAGAGUCUGACAAAGUUGGGACAGAUAUACUGGAAGAGGAGAUCACCAAGUUUGAAGAUUACAUCCAGAGUGUUGACAUAGCUGCUUUCAACAAGAUCUAACUGCAAACCUUUACACUUUCUAAAGCUAAUAAAAGGUCAAGAGUUGGAGA